CGCGUGACCGGGCGGCGCGUGACGUAGGAGGAAGAAGACGCCAUUAGGGGGAGCGGGGCCGUCGGCGGGGGGCUUCAUUGUGGUUCUGGGUGUUCUUUCCCCCUUCGUCGCCUUCCUUGGGGUUCGGCGGUUCCUUUCCAUCGCUCCUUAUCUCACUUCCUUCCACCGGACCCUCCUCUUGUUCCGUCGGGGGUUCCCCGUCCUGGUGGGCGGCUGUGCGGACUGUUGAUGUGAGGCCGCGGCGGCCCGGCUGGACUCGGCGGCGGGGCGCGGAUGGCGGCGGGGGCCGGCUCGGCGGCCGGGGGCCGUAGCUUCUCUUUCAAGGUGGUGCUGCUCGGGGAGGGCUGCGUGGGGAAAACCUCUCUGGUGCUGCGCUACUGCGAGAGCAAGUUCAACGACAAGCACAUCACCACCCUGCAGGCAUCUUUUCUUACAAAGAAGCUAAAUAUUGGUGGGAAAAGAGUAAACCUUGCAAUAUGGGAUACAGCAGGUCAAGAAAGAUUUCAUGCAUUGGGGCCGAUCUACUACAGGGAUUCUAAUGGUGCCAUUCUAGUAUAUGAUAUAACAGACGAAGACUCUUUUCAAAAGGUAAAAAAUUGGGUUAAGGAAUUAAGAAAAAUGUUGGGAAAUGAAAUCUGUUUAUGUAUAGUAGGUAACAAAAUAGACUUGGAAAAAGAGAGACAUGUUUCAGUGCAAGAAGCAGAAACGUAUGCUGAAUCUGUUGGAGCAAAACAUUAUCACACUUCAGCUAAACAGAACAAAGGAAUUGAAGAACUGUUCCUUGACCUUUGUAAAAGAAUGAUAGAAACUGCUCAAGUGGAUGAAAGAGCAAGAGGCAAUGGCUCCAGCCAGUCAGGAAUAGCAAGGCGAGGUGUACAGAUCAUUGAUGAUGAGCCACAAGUACAGAGCAGUGGAGGGUGCUGUUCUUCUGGAUAAUUAUAAAACUGUGCAUCACUGCCCUCUCAAUACGAAGACUGCCAUAUUCCAAGUCACGUGUUCUUUACCAAUGGAGUAAUAGAAUUAACAGUAUUUAAAAGUAAUCACAUGUAACACUGCAGAGACCUUAAGUGCUAAACUAGUGGCAUCUGUGACCAGAGAAUUGGCAUUUUCUACAGUGGUUAACAAAGCAAUUACCAAUGGCCUUUUUACAUAUUUUUCUUUAAUGAGGAAUAAUAUGCAUGUAGAAAAGACCUACUUAAAGGCUUCAUUUAUAUUCUUUUAAAUCAGAUCAUUAUUUAAUAACUUAUAUACAUUGUUGUUGGAAUGGUAUACAUUUUGCAGCUCUUUGUAUUUUGUGGUAGAUUGAAUUGUAUCACUUCUAAAAUGCAAACUGAUUUUUUUUUUUUAAAGUAGCAGAUAUCUGAAGUAAUAUUUUUGCAGGGCCUCCACAAGCCUAUAACUGUCAACUACUUUGAUAUAUUCUGUUCAUCCUGUAUGCCAAGCUGGUAAAAUACAUUGUAAAUUACAUAUUAAAUAUUUUAUCUGCUUUUACAAUUGCAGGUGCGGAAAUAUGUACAUUAGUCUUGUCAGUAGUUGUGAAGUGAGUCAGUGAAAGAUGCAAGCUUUUCAUGUGUAUUGUUGAAUUGUUCAUUCUAUUCCCCUACCUGAAAAAAAAGCUUUUUUUUUUUUUUUUCUUGGUACAUUCAUAGCUACAGUAUUUUUUUUUUGUAAGCCUUUUCUGGCAAGCAGCAGUAUUUAGAGUAUCACCUUAGUGGGAAGAGAAUACGUCCAUAGACUGCUGUUCAUCAUUGAGGUGUUUGACUCCCAGCUAAAACACUUGAUGCAUGCAUAUAUCUUGCCUCUGCAGUUACUUUGACCUCUCAGACUAUCACCCAAAGUCAAAGCAACUUUAGCCCUCAUCAUUUGGUGGCCAGUAAACCAGAUGCAUGGGAUACUCUUAAGCUUCAGUAAUGCAUUUGUCCCCAACACAGCAUUAUAAAUUAUUAAUGAGCAUAUUUCCCCCCCACACUCUGUAUUGCAGGGCUUGAGUGAACUAAAGAAUUGGUGUUACCUAGGACUGCUUCUGAUUUGGAGUGAUUAAAUGGGAGAUAUGAAACUUGCAAGAUGUAACUCUGGGCAUACUAGGUAGAACUGAACUUACUCCUGACUUGCUGUUUCUCUUGUAAAGUGUUUUGAAGCCCACUUAAGUUUUGGGAGGAGGGUUUUCAGAAAAGGUGUACAAAGUACUCUCACAGGGGACACAGAUAGUAGUAGCUGUAACUUCAGAAUGUUUUGUGCUCUGACUUUUUUACUUAAGUUGUCAUGCUUGGAAAACCAGUAAAGGUGAUGUCUGUGACAAAGUAGAAUAUUCCUUGGCCUUCCUUUCUCUGAAGGUAGAAUUAGUAUUGCAUAUGAAUGCGUUGAAUGUUGUGGGUAUGUUCUGAUGCACAAAAGGGAUAGUAAUAACUAAUCAGUUUGUGUAAGAGGAGUGUGCCGUCUUCAACCUGAUUUUUUUCUUUUUUUAAAUUUUCUCUGAAAUAAUAGAUGGCUUUGAUACAGACUAGUCGUGGUGCAUUUUUUCAUUUUCUGCCUAAACUGUGGCGUAAAUAUUUUCUACUAAGCCACCAUUGUUGUGCUCUUUGGCAUGAUUGUGUGCAUGAUGGACAAAGGUGGUAUGUUCACACUAGUGUAGAUAGUUUCCUGACUGCACAGAGCUUUGGUGUGAAUCUAAAAUUCAUAUGUGCAUAUGUAGCAGCCCUGUCAACAUUCUUGUAUCUAACUUAUGGGUGAGCCUUGCCAAAACUGAAAACCAGGUCAGGUUCAUCAAAAACUGGUACCAUCAUAUGAAUACAGACACUGAUAGGAGGAGUGAAAUUGGCAAGACUUGAUGCGCACAACUGGAAUCUCCUCAUAAUAAGAGUUCCAGAUUUUCUAAUUAAAAUAUUUAUUUUUUCCAGUGAUGGAAGGGAAAAAAAAAACAACAACCCACAAACAACAAAACAAGCAACCCAACCUCAACUAGACCUGAUAAGUGGAUGAGUCAGAAGGGUUUAUGUGCACCAGAGCAUAUGUGCUCUCACUGGAGCAGAGGUUUUUCCACUUCAUUGAAGUGGACAAAUGCAGUUCUGGUCUGGAAAGCAAUACUGGGUAUUUACCCAAGAGAAUGUUAUGUUUGACUGCUUUGGAGCAGAAGCAAUGUGUAGAAUAUAUUUGGUCCUGCAGCUAGAGUUUCCUUCAGUGUAUUCUGUGGUAGGGGCAUUCUUUGUGACUUUUGUCAAUUACAAAACUAACAAAGCCAUGUUGAUACUAACUCUUAAGUCUGUUACAAAACUAAAACUACUCCUGCUGAAUAUUUAAGUGGGGAUAAGAAAGCUUACAAUUUUGUAUGGUUUCAUUUGUAUUAGCAAAAUAUUUUUAAAAUAAAUUCUCGUAAGUUACUUACAGCAUGAAAAAUACUCCCUAGUAACCUUCCUUUAUUUAUGGAACUUAAAACCUGUGCUUAGAAGAGUAUCAUUAUAUUAGCUCACAGAAGAAAUACAACUUCAUGAAGACAGGAAAUUUGGUUUCCAAGACUCAAAAACAUGGAUUGAUUAAACUGAUUAACACAAGACUUCAGGUAGCCUUUGUUAGGUGAAAAAGACAGUUACAGGAAAAAGCAUCUUUACUGAAGAUAUCUAGAGUGUUCUUUGCAUUAAAUGUAUAGGAGAGCACAGAUAGCUUGGUUGCUGUAUUUGAAGAUGUUUUUACUCAAGUAACCUGGUAUUAGUGCUGUGAGGCUUGAGUUUCAAGAAUCUUGCAUUUGCUGGGAACUGUCUAGAUUUUAUGUCUAGAUCAUAUGGCUUGUAGGUUGUCAGGAAAACUUGUUGCUACCUUCCAUUGCUAGAAACAAGUAAGCUAGUUUUCUUUUAAGAGUGCAAGAGUGUAACUGCAUUUGUCUUUAGAAGGUACUUCUGUUGUGAGAUAGAUAAAACCAGCCACACCUGCUACAGCUCUUGAAGAAUGUAGUAACUCAGUUUCUACUUCAGAGUCUCAAGCCAGAUGAAGAAAGCUUUGGAAAGAGGUGUGAGUUCAUGGAAGGUGGCUGGAGCUCAGAUGGAGUUUUCUGAAAAUGUUGGAUGAUGUCAGGAAAGAACAGUUUAAAGAAGCUGAGAGGAAUGGGAGUCCUGCUUUUGAGGAACAGAUGGAGGUUAAGAAUCCCCACAAGCAGUAAGUGAUCUGAAUGAUGGAGUAUGGGAAUAAGGUGGAGCCAACAAUCUGUUAUUUCUCUACACUUUUUUAUGGAAGGAAAAAGAACUAGAAAGAAAAGCUAGUAGGGAAAAUCGUUGCUUCACUAACAAGAUACAAUUAACUUGGAACAGGCUGUCAGACACAAUACUAACCUACUUAAAACUUGAUUAGAAUAUGCUAAUUUAUGAGCUAUUUACAGUUAACUGACUUAAUCUUAGUUUGCAUAAAAGUUUAGGAUUUUUUUUCCUUGAUGUGUCAGGAAAUGUAUCUCUUACAGUGAGUGUAACCUUUAUUACAGUUGCGUCAAGGAGUUACAGGUGAAGACCAAGACCCUUGGCCCUAGUUGCUGUGCAAGCUUGACAAAGACAGCCCCAAAACUAGUUUGCUUUUAAUUAUGCUGGACACUGUUGCUCAUGCUACUCUUUGAGGAAUUCUGCUCAACACCAGGACUUUCCCUCUAGGACAAAACUGUACAUCUCUGUGAGGUAUCAGUCUACUGAACUUGGGCUUUUUCUGUCAAAUAAUGACUAUGUAUAAUCUUCCUGCUUCCAUUUUUUUGGAGCUGUCAUUGCCGACUGCAUUGAACAGAAUAGUUGUUGGAAGUGACUUAGAAGAAAUUGAAUUACAGAGGGUUGAAGAGAGUUAAGAACUACUUUUUUGUCUGUUGCCAAGUAGUUGAUACGCUGUGAGAGGUCCAAACUCAUGAACAGACCUCUUUUGAGCUGUUGAGACUGUUAAAUUGCAGACCCUUUAACCAUUAAUCCCUUUGGAAAGGCCAGAAAAUCUGGGACUUGGUGUAAGAGAACAAAUAGUUUCUCAUUUUCAGAACAGGAAACUUGAACUGCCUAAUCAGUUUCCUUAGUGGAAAGAGGAAAGCACUUGAUAUUUAAAAGAUUUAAGUGCUAUCAGUGCUAUUUGAUCAUACAAGCAUUACAGUGAUUAUCUUCCUGGAUUUUUUUCAUCUGAUAAGCUCAUUUAGCUUAUGAGGCUCAAUCAAAUAGAAUCCUUUCUUUGAAACUAGAGAAAAUGUUAGCAGGGCAAAAGUACUGAAAAGGACAUGGCAUUUUUAACAUCAGGUACCUUGAUGUUGUCAAAUGUAGGAAUUUUCUAUUUGGCAUUUGGGGAUAAAAAAUUUUGGAGGAAAAAAGUAUCUAACAGAGGCUUCACAAACCUUAACUUUUCUAAUGCAUUGCUACACUUCUGACAGUUCUAGAGUUCUUAAGUACAUGUUAGAGGUCUUAUGCACUAGUACUUUAGUACUAGUACACAGAAGAUAAUUCUGUGAUAAAUUAAUUCCAAAUGAUCAUUCAGCUGGGGAAAUGACCUUCUUUAGCAUGACUGCUGUUCUAUCAAUACCUAAUAUUAAAAGUGAAAAAUGCAUUUAAGUGGAAAUGGAUCAAUAGAAAGGGGGCAAAAUGCAUACUGAAAAAUCAAUACAAGAAAAGGAAGCUGGUAAUUCUUGUUACUGUCAUAUCUGAAAAUUAUAUCUUUCAGUUUGGGAAAUCACACAAUUUGAAAGUUGAUGAACAGUCUGUAAUGCACCUGAAAAAUGCUGGUGGUUGUUGACAGUGGCCUGGCUUACAAAGAUUUGGUAACAAUUGAGACCAUGGAUUUUUCUGUUAAAAAUACAGUAACAAAUUUCUGAACCCAUCUGGGUGUGAUGUCAUGGAAGAUGGCUUUAAAAUGCCAAACCAGGCUCAGCAAAGUUUUUUUAUGUUAUGCUAGUACGUAUUCCAGAGGCUGUAGUGUGAGCAGGGACCCAUCAAAAUGCAGCUUUGAUUCUCCAAACUGGUAUUAUACAGCCCAGAUUGUGAGGAAGAAGCAGUUGCUGUUGAACUACAUUUGCCAGUUCAGUGAUAGCCCCAGACACACUGCCCAUAUGCAAAGGGAGUGGCAAAACCAGCUCAAACAUGGAACCAGAGUCUCAGCACUGGGUUUUUUUCACCCAUUAUGUUUGUAGUGUACUCAUGUCCCGCUUCCACAAUGAUUGAGCACGCUUUCCUAGUGAAAAUUGCUGAUCAGCUGAUGCUCUGGAUUUGAACUGGAUGGGCACCCAAGUGAAAAUAAGAAGCAACAGGAAAAGCAGCACAAGAUAAAACAAUCCUAAACCAUCCUAAAACAAUUGUUCUAUUAGUUUCCUGCUCUUUCCAGGAAAUGCUGCCUGUUGGGGGGUGUUGUAAUACACAUAUAGAAGUAGUGGGGUUAUUAUUAUUUGUCUCUGCUUGUUCCUAGCUCUGGUAAUAUUGUGCCAAUUGCACACAACAGAUCAGUUUCUGUUCUGUCAUCACUCUUGGAUAUCUUCCAGUUAGCCUCUGUGGAGGCUGGUGUGGUCAUGAAUUCCCCUUGCAUUGACAAAUGCAGAGCAAUUUCAUGUUGAUAUCUGCUCUGCUUCUUUUAUAUUUAAAAAGUUUCUUGUUCCACUUGGAAAACAAAGCUAUUGUAAACUUGUGAUCAAUUGUACCAACCAUAAUGUUAUGGUGAAUCUUGUAUGUUUUGGGUUGUUUAAUGUUCUGGAAUUCUAUUUAAUAGUUGAUAUGCAUAGAGUAAAAAAAUACCAGGUUCACAAACAGGAACUCACAGCUGUGGUUAUGGAUACACAAAAUGUGACACAGUGCAAAUACUUGAAGGAAGUUCAUCACUCACUGUACUGCCUACGUGUCUUGUUGCAUCUCCAUGCCUUCACACUCUAAAUACAAAUAAAUGCUGCUGGGGAAUGGGGUUUCCUUCCUUUUACUGA